ACAAGGCUACUACAAUAUGACAAAGAGCGGUAGCGAACCGUCAGCUAUUAUUCGCAGUGGUGAAAAUGUUUCCUCCAUUCCACCCGAGUCUCCGCUACUGGAUAUAAUCGAGCCAUCAUCGAUAGCUGACACCACGGAUUCCCUUGAUGUAGAAACUCACAUAGAUAAAUAUGAUGGUAAUGAACAGUCCUUAGGUUUAACAACUACAAACGAUAACGAAAAAUCGAAUCUGCCAACAAGUGGAACACUGUGCAACAAUGCGACACUCCCCAUUCCGUUACCUACUCUUGGCAUCUUACCUAUUAACGGAGCCGCUUUACCACCAAGUAAGCCAACUUUACCUGCCUUUGAGUAUAUUUCUCCGACAAACCAUUCGCUCAGCAUCGGAGACUUUCCACUUAUGGAACUGAAUAGAGUGGGCGUGUUUCCUGCAUUCCUACAUCGACGCUCGCGCGGUGAAAAACGUCCUAUUCCAGACGAGCAAAAAGAUGAGAAGUAUUAUGAACGGCGUAAACGAAACAAUGAAGCGGCAAAGAAAUCACGAGAUGCGCGAAAAAUACGUGAAGAUCGUAUUGCUUUCAGGGCAGCGCUUCUCGAACAAGAGAAUUCUAUUUUACGAGCUCAAGUCAUGGCGUUGCGCGAUGAACUGCAAACUAUGCGCCGACUGAUCGGUUCAGGCACAACAGCCUCUGUUUUAGGAGCUAGCAGCAGAGGAGUAAUUGCGUUAUAAGGAUGUCCUAAAUGGGACAUUUCAUUAAUUGUAAAUAACAUAUAGAUUUUAUUAAAAUGUUGUUAAACGAAUAUAUAUAUGAGCAUAUGUAUGUAAGUUACUAUUCCAACUUUUUACGCUAGAAAAAAAAUGUGUCUCUACGAGCACUCGAAUGGGAAAGAAAUCGUACCCAAGUGGUUGUUUGCGUGGUGAAAUAAGCUGGAUGAGUUCAGAUCGCUGAUGGCCAAAGCUUAAAACUCAGUUAGUCUAGACUUAAUUUAUGUAACUUAACUUGACUUAAUAUUUUGCCCAACUUGUUUUACGGAAAGCUGAGCUAGUGGUUAGUUAAAACUCAAUUUAGCUUGAGAAACUUAAGCAGCUGUAAAAUAUAUAACAGGAUGCGAAACUAUUUCAUUUUGGUGAGAGUGCGCCCAGGAACUCGUUUUAAUACUGCUGAUAGUCGAAAUGGCAGGCUGCCAGCCAAAAUAACUGACGAAAGCAGUUCGUUUUUACCUUAAUGGUUAAAAGUUGCGAUUUAAAUAUUUAUAAUUGCAUAUUUAUUUUAUAAUAAAUUCAUU